AUGACAAACUUUUUUCGUAUGUUGAGCCAGGGCGCGGACUUCAAGCAGUCCAAGAAACUGUUUGGAAGUAAGUCGUCUGGAGAGCCGAACGCAAAAUCAAUGAAAGGCCCUCUGCAGAGUUCCAAAUCCUCAAGCUCUAGUGGCGACGCGGCAGCAGUAAAGCAGCUGGAUUUCUUUGGCGCCGCUGCAUCCGAUGUGCCAGUUGAAACGACAAAAGGCAAGGACAAAGAAGAUGAUGGUCGAGACGGCACGGGAGCUAAUGAAGGUCACCUUGGAGAAGCAACAUCGAUGGCAACAGCAUCUGAAACCGCGUCUUCCUCCACCGCGUCUGAAAUUCGCCGCCGACAUCGUAUUCACCACGUGUCCGCGGACUGUCCAGCACCCUGGGAGUCAUUCACAGCUUUUGAAAAGGAUAUCCCCACUUGGAUCGUCAACAAUGCCCGUCGUGGACUUAAGUUUGAUACGCCGACGCCGGUCCAGAUGCAGUGCACUCCAGCAAUUUUAACAGGGCGCGACGUGCUCGCCUCAGCACCGACAGGUAGCGGAAAGACUAUGGCUUUUUUGCUGCCGCUUUUGGCGCUAUUGGAGAAGGAACUAGCGAAAGUGGAUGCAGAAGCUUCCGGUACGACUUCAAACAAGAAGAAGAGAAGAAAGCUUGAACAAAAGCAAGUCCUCGAGGCAACUACUGGGACAGGUGGUGCAUCAUCAAAGGCAAAGCCUGAAGCGAGCGCAGGAGGAGAUGAAGAUGAUAUCCCCCGACCCUUGCUCGUGAUCGUAGACCCAACUCGCGAGUUAGCUCACCAGACUCUGCGUGAGUACAGGAAACUUGCGGAGGGACAGCUCGCGAAGUUUUGUCCUAGUCUGCUAGACGACGACAGCACCUACGGCGGGGAAACGGUCGUUGCGAUCAGCACACCGCAGAAGCUAGAGAAAAUGCUGGAAGAUAACAAAAUUUCCUUAGAGCGCUGCCGCUACCUGGUGCUUGAUGAGGUCGACAAAUUGUUGGACUUGGGUUUCCGCGCACAAGCUGACGCAGUUUUAGCGCACUUGCCACAAAACGUACAGAGAAGCACCGAGGAAAACAAGAGAGUGUCAAAGAAUAUAAAGACGUCGUCGAAGAGUGUUAUUUCUGCAGUUGUUACGCCUAGGAGAUGCGCAACUUUGUUUUUCUCUGCCACACUACCGGAAAACGUCGUGUCUCUUGCUGAGUCUGUGCUCAUCAACCCCUUGGCUGUGCAUAUCGGCUCCAGUGCUGCUGCUAACCCGGAUGUGGAACAGAAACUCGUAUUUAUCGGCAAGGAGGGCGCGGGCAAGCUCUUUACACUGCGCACUAUGUUGCAGACUGGAGCUUUAAAACUCCCUUGCAUCAUAUUCUUGCAAAGCAAGGAUCGUGCGCGACAGCUUUGGCAAGAGCUGCGAUUCGAACCUGCUUUCGGGGGAGAGAAACGAGUCGACUAUAUUUCAGCCGAACGAAGUAAGGAGGACCGAGAUGCCGCAGUCACAAACUUUAGACUGGGAAAGACAUGGGUAUUUACCAACUCUGUGCUUGUUUUUUCACAUCACAAUUGUGAUCAUUUUUUGUCGUUACCCUUGUUACCUUGUUGAUACGGGAGUUCUUGAAAAUAGUGCAAGUUGUAAAUCAGUGCUGUCUACUAGUACUAGGUCUUCAAAGUUCAAAGUCCAAAUCAUCGCUCUUUCUCUACUGCACAGAUUCUCAUUUGCACGGACCUGAUGUCUCGUGGUGUCGACUUGAAGGGUGUUGAGAUGGUGGUCAAUUUCGAUUUGCCGCUGAAGCAGUCAACCUACAUCCACCGAAUUGGGCGUGCAGGACGUGCUGGACGACAAGGCGCGUCGGUGACAUUCUUCACAGAGGAAGACUUUCCGUGGUUGCGUCCUAUCGUCAAUGUGGUUCGAAAUAGCGGAUUCGCAGUGAGCGACUGGAUGUUGCAACUGCGAAAGCCACGUAAACACCGACAAGAAAAGAACGGCCAGAUCGAGUUUACGCGAAAAAUACAGCGCAAGGAUAUCCGAACUGGAGGGAAAAAGAACAGUGGAGUUACUGGGGCGAACAAGAAGAAGCAGGGCAAGAAAAAUAAGAGCACUUCCAAGAUGGGCGGUGGCGGUGCAGAUGCGUCAUCGGAGUCACAAAAUGCCACAGCUCCAAAGGCUGGAGGAGCUAAAAAAUCUUCCCCAGGAGGACAAACUCCUUCAAUGAAGAAGAUGAGAUCACGAGUAAAAAAGUCUUCGGACAAGAACUGAUACAACCCGUUGCAACAUGCAUCAACCCAUGCUCCUGUAAUGACAGCCUCUUUUUAUCAGGGAUAGACCACCCAUUGCUCUAGAUAUUAAUGAAAUUGUGAAGAUUUAAAUUGAAUUUUAAACAAUAAACAUCAUGUCUUACCACGCGAU